UAGUAGCCCGUAAUCAAACAUUACACUUAAGCCCUAGUUCUUCUCUUCCAAGUUUCUCCUCCCCCAUCUCCUGUCUGCAUCGUCGUCGUGUCCCGAGUUUCGCGAUCCAAUAAAAUUCCCAUUUCUUCAGAUUCAACUAAGCCGCCAUGACGAGUCUGAAAAUGGUUACCUGCAUUUCUGUUCUCCUGGUAGCUCUCUUCCUCGUUUCGGCGGCACUUGCAAGCUCUGAUUCUCCCUUCAUUGUUGCUAAUAAGAAGGCUGUCCUUACCAGGCUCAAGUCCGGCGCCGAACGCGUCUCGGUCUCGAUCGACAUCUACAACCGAGGAUCCGCGACUGCAUAUGAUGUAAGUCUAACUGAUGAUAGUUGGGCCCAAGAUGUAUUUGAUCCUGUCAGUGGCAGCACUUCCAAGUCAUGGGAAAGGCUUGAUGCUGGCUCUGUUGUUUCUCACUCUUUUGUACUGGAGUCCAAAGUGAAAGGUGUAUUCCAUGGUGCACCUGCUGUCAUCAAAUUCCGCAUCCCCACGAAGACCGCUCUACAGGAGGCUUAUUCAACCCCGUUACUUCCUUUGGAUAUACUUGCUGACAGACCUCCAGAAAAGAAGUUUGAAUGGGCAAAGAGGCUGUUGGCAAAAUAUGGGUCGCAGAUUUCGGUGAUCUCCAUUUUAGCCCUGUUCGUGUAUCUGAUUGCUACUCCAUCAAAAUCCAGUCCAAAGGGCAACAAGAAGAAGCGCUAAGCAUUAGAAGUGAAACCAGAGCUAAAACUUUCUGUGUGCAGUGGCAAUGUCCUUCAGGAACCAGUCAGAGAGUUAAUUUUUUUUUCGAGGUUUAGGGUAUAAAUUCCUAAUUUUCCAAACUUAGGAUGUAGUGUUCAAACAUUUAAUAGAUAAUUCCUAAUGAGCAACUUUGAGAUCAGUAUUCAGGAUUGCUCUA